AAGCCAACUGCAAAUCGCACAUGAACAUCCCUAUCCCUCCCCUUCAGUCCUUAUAGAAUAAUUUUUCAGGUGGAUGCUGUCUUUAUUAGUAGCUCACCACAUGACAAAUGCUGCUUGCGGUGAAAACCGAAGAUAAGAGUGCCUUUUUGGUUUUGGGUUGUCCAGUGACCUUUUGAAAACUUUGUUGACUAGUGGCAACUCUUGAACAUAAAUUGGCCUUGAAGGUUCUUUUCUUCUUCAAUAGCUUCAUUAGGUUCUGUCUAGCUUUUGUGUCUCCCAAGAAAAUUUGACCUUUAGCUUCCCUCUCUGUCUCCCUACAUAUAUUAUUAUAAUGCAGGGGGCGUGAAGUUUGCUUUGGUUGAUUUUCGACAUUUGGUUAUGUAUGCAUGUUUCUGUUUCCUAAGUGAGUGAGGGUCAGAGAGAUUAUAUUUGUCUUUGUGUGUUAGAAAAUUUGGGAGCAAUGGGAAAACUCAGUUUUGGCAAGAUGCUAGAUUGUUUAUAUCUGUCUUCAGGCUCAUGCUCUUGUUUCUGCAUGAACACCUUGGAAGAUGAGUUCGAGAAAAAGCCAUUGAUAACAUCUGAAAAACCCCAGUUGCUGAGAUUGAAAGAUGUCGUUGCUAGCAAUCAUCAGACCUUGGCCUUUCAACUUAAGCCUAAGAUGGUGGUACUGAGGGUAUCAAUGCAUUGCCAUGGCUGUGCAAGAAAAGUAGAGAAGCACAUUUCCAAGCUGGAUGGAGUGACCUCAUACAAAGUAGACCUGGAAAGCAAGAGGGUGGUUGUAAUUGGUGAUAUAAUCCCUUUUGAAGUGCUGGAGAGUGUCUCAAAGGUUAAAAAUGCAGAGCUUUGGACUUCUCCUUGUUGAUGGAUGAACAUCAUUUUGCUUUCCUGUGCUACCACUGCACCUCCUAAAAACCAUAGAUGAUAGAGAAGAAAAAGAAGAAUCAACUUCUGUAGUAUUACUAGGAUUUAAAACAUACAGUACUAUAUAUUAUUAUAGAAUUGUCCAAGUUCUUGUUGUCCUCUGUAGAGGAGAGUAAAGGAAGAGAUCUUGGCCAUUCCUUCAAUUAAAGAGAUCUUUUAAGUCAAAUCUAUCUUCUCUAAAUUAUUAAAAAGAAAAAAAGAAAGAACUGCACUACAGCUACUUAAAAGACUGUGUGUAAGCUCAUCCAGGUUCUGCUUUGCUAUCGUAUUUUGCUAGCAGCAAAACAAUAUUGUAAUUAUUACUAUAUUUUAUAGUAUUUUAUGUACUUUGAUUUUCUUUUCUUUGCUGGCAUAGAUAUAAAAUUGCCAUUUUGGCAUCAAA